AUGGCUCCUGAUAAGAAAGAAAAAAAGCGCAAGGCGUCUGUCGCGAGCGACCCGCCUGCCAAAAAAACCAAGAAGGUCGAGCCUACAGCCGCCGAGACCCCCAAGACGGUCACUUCCAAGCCAAUUUCGAAGAAGAAGACUGUUACUAAGGCCAAGGAUACUAAGGACAUUAAGGACACCCAGUCUGUUCCGUCCGUGAAGGCCAAUACCCCCGCCGCUCGUCAGCCCAAGCCUCGCAAGCGCGCUGCCGAUCUCAUUAGUGACGAUGAGAAUGACGAGUCCGCUCCUCCUACUUCAAAAACACAGAAGAAGCCAACCAACAAGAAGUCCAAGAAAGAGGAGGCUGUCUCUGCUGUGAAGAAGGCUGGCAAGGCUGCUCCCAAGGUUGUUGAUGGUGCAGACGAGUCUGACGAUGAAAAUAUCGAGGAUGAGUCCGCUGAUGCAUCGUCUUCGGACGAGGCUGAAGACGAUCAGACUGUUGCCCUCAUCAAGGGCUUUGAAAGCAGCGGCGAAGAAAAUGAGGAGGAAUCCGGCGACGAGGGCUUCAACAACUCCAAGCCCAUCCCCAAGAUUCCCAAGAAAAUCGCACGCAAGCUUGCUAAGAGCGAGACCGCUGAUUCCCCGAAAGAACCCGGCACUGUUUACGUUGGUCGUAUUCCCCACGGUUUCUACGAGCACCAGAUGCGCGCAUACUUCUCUCAGUUUGGUGAUAUCACCAACCUCCGACUCUCACGCAACCGUACCACCGGUAGUUCCAAGCACUACGCCUUCGUAGAAUUCAGCUCCAUCCAUGUUGCCAAGAUAGUUGCCGCAACUAUGGACAACUACCUGAUGUAUGGUCACAUCUUGAAGUGCAAGUUUGUUCCCAAGGAGCAACUUCACCCCGAGAUCUGGAAGGGAGCCAAUCGCCGCUUCAAGAAGACUCCCUGGAACCGUAUUGAAAAGAAGCGUCUGGAGAAACCCAAGACCCGCGAACAGUGGUCGAAGAGCAUUGAGAAGGAGCAGACUAAGCGUGAGGCCAAGGCUGACAAGCUUAAGGCUCUGGGAUACCAGUUGCCUUUGCCCCAGCUGAAGAGUGCGGACGAUGUUCCCGUGCAGGAAGAGAAGGCCAUCGAGACUGCCCCUGUCGAGGAGCCCGUGAAGGCUGUUGAAGAGGCUCCUUCUACCAAGGAGGAGGCCCCUAAGCAGGUGAAGAAGAACAACAAGAAGGCUGAUAAGGCCGAGAAGAACAAGGUUGAGAAGGUCAAGAAGAUUGAGCAGCCCAAGAAGGUUGAGCAGGAGCCCAAGAAGGAGGCUGCCGCCACCAAGAAGAAGAGCGGCAAGAAGUCCAAGGCUUAA